AUGAGUAUACCUUCCACAGGCAUCUUUUGCUUCUUUGGGUGGUUGCUGAUCGGUGACAACCUGUAUCCAGAUCUUAUGACCAAACAGUGCAUCUACACGAAUCUCAGACAGACUAGUACCAGACACAGAAAUAGGACUAGCUGGAGUCCCAGCAACCUGACCGUCGGGAGCUGUUGGAUUUGGAUGGGUGGACAAGACUUCAUUCGGACAAUGAAGCUAGUUACUGUUGGCUUCUCUGCUCUUCAAAGCCGGUUGAUGAUUGAUGGUGUCGAGAUGUAA